AUGGGUCAACCAGACAUUGUGCCGCAACAUGCCGAAACCAUCCCAGAUCCCAGCGCGAUGGAGUCAGGGAAGCAGGAGUUCUCCACGGAGGAUCGCAUCGCCAGCCUCCCGGAAGAGCAUCGCGAAUACCUCCUCGCGCGCCAUGGAACGCUCGAUCUCGACCCGAUCCCGGAUAUGAACGACGCAGAUCCAUACAAUUGGCCUAGAUGGCGGGGAGUGAGUAUGCAGCGAACGAGCUAUCUGGUCUCUCUGUUCAUCGCUGUGCUCGGCGGUGCACCGCUCUUGUGGCGUCCGCUUGCCAACCGAUACGGCCGCCGGCCCAUCUUCUUGAUCUCGCUCCUGUGCGCUAUGCUGGGGAAUAUCGGCUGCGCGGAAAGCCACUCGUAUGCCACGAUGGGUCUGUGCCGGGCGAUCACAGCCUUCUUCAUCUGUCCGCCUGCGGCGAUGGGAAGUGCGGUCGUGGCGGAGAUGUUCUUCAAGAAGGACCGGGCGAGAUGUAUGGGAUGCUGGACGUUGAUGGUGACGAUUGGCGUGCCGAUCUCUCCGUUCUUGUUCGGGUUCCUGGCGCUGCGAAUCUCAUAUCGGUGGAUCUAUUGGGUGCUUGCGAUUACCAAUGCAGUCCAGCUCCUCCUAUACUUUGUCUUCGGCGCAGAAACCCUGUAUCUUCGCGAGGAGGGGUUCCCGAAGCGAGCCACUACGGCCGACAAUACCCUCUUCUCAUUCCGCCGCAUCGACCCGACCCCCCCUGCGCUGCCAUUGGCCUACGCCACCAAGCCCUGCGUGAUCAUCCCCGCGGCCGCAUACGCCAUGGUCUUCCUCUGGGGCGGGAUCAUGCUCACGAUCCAGACCUCGCAGAUCUUCCCCGAGCAGUUCGGCUUCAACACGCAGCAAGUGGGCCUGCAGUUCCUGGGGAUCAUCAUUGGCUCGGUGCUCGGCGAGCAAAUUGGCGGGUUGAUCUCUGACCGCUGGAUGCUGUUCCGGCAGAAGCGGACGGGGGAGUUCCCGGCGGCCGAGUAUCGAUUGUGGUUGAGCUAUAUCGGGUAUGCGUUGGCGAUCUGCGGCGUCGUCGUGUUCUGCGUGCAGCUGCAAGACGCCGGCGAGGUAUGGAAUAUUACUCCCAUAGUGGGCGCGGCGAUUGCGGCGGGUGGGAACCAGAUUGUCACCACGGUCAAUAUCACCUACGCGGUUGACUGCUACCGACCCGACGCGGCCAGCGUUGGGGUCUUUAUCACGUUUGUGCGUCAGAUGUGGGGGUUUAUUGGGCCGUUCUGGUUCCCUCAGAUGUUUCUCAAUGUUGGCGGGGCUGGCGGGGCAGGUAUUGCCGUGGCGUUGCUCGUUGCUGUUGGUGUCAUUCCAACUGUGCUAGUGCAGUGGCGCGGUGCUUCAUGGCGUUGA